GAUCCGUCGCUGGAGCGCCUCUCGCGCUGACGUGUGCCUUUCGAAGGCCUUGGCUGUAGCCGCCCCUCUCUCUUCCCAAUCUCUCCCCUCCCCCCCCUUCGCCCCGCCCCUCUCGCACCCGGCCGGGGCAAGGAUGGCGGCUACGUGGGAAGAGAUUCUGAAGUUGUCUCAGCAAUUCCAAUCCGCUCAGUUCGCCCAGGCGACGCAGAGACUGUCGGAACGUAAUUGCAUAGAAAUCGUUGCUAAGUUGAUUGCCGAGAAACAGCUGGAAGUGGUGCAUACUCUUGAUGGGAAAGAGUAUAUUACUCCUGCACAGAUUAGCAAAGAGAUACGUGAUGAACUUCACGUUCGUGGCGGUCGUGUAAACAUUGUUGAUUUGCAACAGGUAGUAAAUGUAGAUCUGCUCCAUAUUGAAAACCGAGCGAAUGACAUUGUCAAAUUGGACCGAACAAUUCAACUAGUGUUGGGGCAGCUUAUUGAUGAGCAUUAUCUAGAUCAGAUAGCAGAAGAAACAAAUGACAAAUUGCAGGAGAAUGGUCAAGUGAAAAUAUCCGAAUUGUGCAAGGCUUAUGAUCUCCCAGGAGACUUUUUGAAGCAGGUAUUAUCCAUCCGUCUGGGUAAAAUUAUCCAUGGACAAAUUGAUCAGGACAACCGAGGAGUGAUUUUCACAGAUGCAUUUGUCACACGACAUCGGGCCCGUAUUCGUGGUCUUUUCAGUGCUAUCACCCGACCUACUCCAGUAAUCAACCUAAUCACUCGGCAUGGAUUUCAGGAGCACCUGCUUUACUCUGUGCUGGAAGAACUUGUUAAUACUGGACGACUAAAAGGCACAGUGAUUGGUGGAAGACAAGAUAAAGCCGUGUUUGUCCCUGACAUCUAUGCCAGAACUCAGAGCAACUGGGUGGAUUCCUUUUUAAAGCAAAAUGGUUAUUUAGAAUUUGAUGCAUUGCUCAGACUUGGCAUCCCAGACCCCGUGAACUACAUAAAGAAACGAUACAAGCACUUGCAGCUCUUGUUUCUGAAAGCCUCUUGUGUUGGUCAGGAAAUUGUGGAUCAAGUGGAGGCCUCUGUGGAUGAAGCCAUCAGCUCUGGAACCUGGGUCGAUAUAGCACCUCUUCUUCCAAGUUCAUUAUCUGUAGAAGAUGCCAGCAUGUUGCUUCAGCAAGUGAUGAGAUCUUUCAGUAAACAGCCUUCAACUUUAGUUUUGGGUGACACUAAUGUGGUCAGUGAGAAGUUUGUCAGCAGCUGUGCUGACUUAUUUCGAGAUCUAAUGCACCAGAAAGCUGAAAAGGAAAUGAAAAAUAACCCCGUUCACUUAAUCACAGAAGAGGACCUGAAACAGUCUGCUCUUCUAGAAAGUGCAGCCUCAAGUAAAAAAGACAAAAGGGAUGAAAGAAGGAAGAAAGCAACAGAGGGCAGUGGAAGUGUGAGAGGUGGUGGAGGUGGAAAUGCCAGAGAAAUCAAGAUUAAGAAAACAAAGAAGAGGGGAAGAAAGGAUGUGGACAGUGAUGAGGAAUCGCAAGCAAGCAACACAAAUAGGAGCAAGCACCUCGAGAUCCCUUUUAUGUCACUGGAAGAGAUUGAAGAUGUUUUAAGAAACCACAUAAGGGACUGCCCUGAAGAGCUUAUAACAGAACUUGCCGAUCACUUAAUAAGGCCCUUAACAAAGAGUUAUCAGGAAAUUCUGCGUUCAGUAUUUAUGUCCUCUACUUCAACUUCCUCUGGAGCUAGCAGGAAAAGGACCAUCAAGGAUCUACAGGAAGAGGUUUCCAAUUUGUAUAACAAUAUUCGGUUAUUUGAAAAAGGAGCAAAGCAUUUUACAGAUGAGACACAAACUAACAUCGCUAAACACAUGCUGAAGACUGUUUGUACAAACAUCACAAAUCUCAUUUUCAAUUUCCUAGCUGCUGAUGUAAUGAUGGCAGCAGAAGACUAUACUGCCAUUACAACUGAGCACACAGGAGGCAAAAACAUGAUCUUCGUGCCAAAGGGAAAAGGGCAAAGUGGCUUCCCUAAGGCAACCAGGGUGCCCAGAUCGCCAACUCCGCAUGCAUCAGGACCAGCUGCUUCAAAGCUGCCUGGACUGAACGCCAAUGAGGCUGCUAUGAGUUUCCCGCCCUCAGGCUGCAAAACCUGCAGCAAAGCAGCCCAGCAUGCCUCCGGGAGCGGCAUGAAAGCAGACCUAGUAGAGUCUUCGGAGGCGGAGAUGAGAAAAAAGAUUUUAAGUAUGUUACCUGAAGAGACAAGGGGCCCUUUAUCAAAACUCCACAUUUCUCUGAAUGACAAGAGUUUAGAAGAGUUUGUUUCCUGCCUUGAUGCUGCUGCAGAAGCUUGUGAUAUUCUGGUGAAAAGGGGAGAUAAAAAGAAAGAAAGGCAAAUCCUGUUCCAGCACAGACAAGCUUUAAUUGAGCAGCUGAAAGUCACAGAAGAUCCUGCUCUUGUUCUCCACCUGACAUCAGUCUUGCUUUUCCAGUUCUCAACUCACUGCAUGCUGCAUGCGCCAGGAAGAUGUGUGCCACAGAUCAUUACUUUCUUGAGUUCCAAGAUCCCAGAGGAUCAGCAUUCUCUUCUUGUCAAAUAUCAGGGAUUAGUAGUGAAACAGCUGAUAAGCCAAAAUAAGAAGAUCGGGCAAGGAGAUGAUGAUUCAGUGGAUAAUAACCUGGAGGCUGAAGAAAGCAUAGAAGCAAUCCGUAAAGAACUCCAAGAGCUUGCUGCCUCUAUCAAAGAUCUCGUUCUCAGGCCCAGAAAACCUUCUGUAACAGAAGAAUAAAAACCCUCAAUAAAACUCAUUCAGGUUU